AGGAUGGCGCCUCAUCCCUCGCGUGCGCCCGCGGUCCAAGUGAGCCGUGAGACGCAGCUGCCCUUCUCCAGAGCCUCGGACGACGAAGUGACCUGCGCCACGUCGGCCCCGCCCAGCCCCACUCGCCCGCCGGGGAACCGCGCGGAGGCGGAAGGGAGAGGCUGCCGUGGGGCUCCGAACAAGCUCCGGGCGCGGCGCGGGGGGCGCAGCCGGCCCAAGAGCGAGUUGGCGCUGAGCAAGCAGCGGCGGAGCCGGCGCAAGAAGGCCAACGACCGCGAGCGCAAUCGAAUGCACAACCUCAACUCCGCGCUGGACGCGCUGCGGGGCGUCCUGCCCACCUUCCCCGACGACGCGAAGCUCACCAAGAUCGAGACUCUGCGCUUCGCCCACAACUACAUCUGGGCGCUGACUCAGACGCUGCGCAUAGCGGACCACAGCUUCUGUGAACUGGAGACGCCGGCGCCGCCUUGCGGGGAGCUGGGUAGCCCAGACGGCGGCUCCUCCGGGGACUGGGGCUCCCUCUACUCCCCAGUCUCCCAGGCUGGCAGUCUGAGCCCCGCCGCCUCGCUGGAGGAGCGCCCCGGGCUGCAGGCGGCCACCUCCCCCGCCUGCCUGCGCCCAGGCGCUCUGGCCUUCUCAGACUUUCUGUGAAGGGACCAGCCGUAGCUGGCCCGAAGGUGCUGGGAGGGAGGGAGGGAGCACGAGCCGUCGAGGGCGGGCGGCGGGCGGCAGCGGCUCUCGAGCGCACUUGUUCCUUCUGCCUCACACUGGCUGACCCAUGGCGGGCCGCAGGGUGGCGGGCUGG